UGUGUAAACCGUUGAGCAAUCGUGUCUCCUGUGAAAUCCACAGAGUCGUCUCUGGCUUCCAGUUCUAAAUCAGAGUUCAGGGUAAUGAAGAUAAAAUGUCCACAAUAAGACGAAGCUGUGUCCUACUUCUAUGGAUGUACACACUGACCUUUGUGAAAAGUCAAGAGUGUACACUUCAACAGUUUAUAAACAGUGAUCUGUAUGACUCCAGUUUUAACACAACUAAUCUGGAGGCUUCCUACACUGACGGGAAAACGGUGAGAGUCAGCUGUAAUGUUGGCUUCAACGGAUUUUUCAAACUGGUCUGCAGCAAGGGUAAAUGGCUGUCUCGUGGGAGUAAAUGCAAGCUGAAGACUUGUGGUCAUCCUGGUGAUGCCCAAUUUGCAGAUUUUCACUUGGAGAAGGGAGAGGAUUUUGUGUUUGGGUAACAAGUCGUGUA